CGCGCCCUACACUGUCCCCUCCUCUGCCCGGCUCCUCCUGGUGGCCCGACAGAGGGCGCCAGCUCCUGGUCGCCGCCCGGGCCAGUGGAGAGGAGGGGAUUUGUGAGCCUCCAGCGAGUUCAAGUGGAUAACUUGGAAGACAAGAAAGCUGAACAGCCGAUGAUGAGGGCAUCCACAUCUGAAGCCAUGAUUAUUCGUUAAGAUUUCAACAAGAAAAACCUAGGCUUCAUUGGAUUCCCACAUCAAAGAAGAUCUGAAAGCUUUCAGAAAGAGUUUUGCUUAGACGAUAAAGAAGAGCCUGCCAACCACAGGAGAGGCCUUGAUGCCAAGUGUUUAGCUGCACUCCCUAAAGUUGCGGAGUUAAGAAAAAUCUUCGAGCCAAAGAGAAAAGACUUUUUAGAGAUGAAAAGAAAAGAAAGAAUUGCCAGGCGCUUAGAAGGAAUAGAAAAUGACCCCCAGCCCAUCCUGUUGCAGAGCUGCACAGGGCUAGUGACUCAUCGACUGCUGGAGGAAGAUACACCCAGAUACAUGCGCGCCACAGACCCUGCCAGCCCCCACACUGGGCGAUCUAAUGAAGAGGAAGACACUCCUGGGUCUUCCUUAGAAAAACAAACUCCAUCUAAGUACUGCACAGAAACCUCAGGCAUCCAUAGUUCCAGCUCCAUGGAUACCCACAGUCUGGAGUCCAAAGCGGAAAGGAUCGCAAGGUACAAAGCAGAGAGGAGGCGGCAGCUGGCAGAAAAGUAUGGGCUGACUCUGGACCCCGAAGCUGACUCGGAAUACUUGUCUCGAUAUGCCAAGUCUCGGAAGGACCCAGAUACAGGUGAGAGACGAGGAAAAGGUGACAAGCAGGAAGAACCGAGCAAGGAUAUCGGUUCCUUGCACUCCAGAGCAGAGCCAGGCCCCAGGACCAGCUUAAUAGAGUCUCAGGACCGCACCUCCCUGGGGAGCAACAUGUCUGACCAGGAGCUACUGCUCAACUUGGAGAACCAGCGACGAGUCCAAGAGCCCCCGGUUACAGAAGAUGGUUCCCCUGCUUUCUUUUCUGAGCGAGGCACCUCCUUCCCUGAAGUGCCAAGGUCCCCAAAGCAGAUGUCCAGCUCACCACUGCAGCAGCCCACCUCCCCAAGCCACCCCAGUGACUCACCAGUGCCUGCGGAGGCCCGAGCCAGUACAGGGAAGGCCACCCAUGAGUGGUUUCUGCAAAAAGAUGCCGAAGGGGAUACACCUUCACUUAUCAACUGGCCUUCCAGAGUUAAAGUUAGAGAAAAAUUGGUGAAAGAGGAGAGUGCUCCAAGCAGCCCUGAACUCACCUCAGAGUCCUUAACUCAGAGGAGGCAACAGCCAGGACCUGCGCAUUUCCUGUCUAUCCAGUCAGAAAGCUCUGCCUUCAAUAGGGUCACCAGCAAGGUAGUGAGCUCACUACGGCCAAGCCGGAGCUGUGUCCUUCCAGCUGACCCUGUUCAUGCCAUCAAGCUGGUGACCGUGGAUACCCCAGAAAGCACAUCUGAAUGCAGCUGGGUGGAGUCAACCACCCCAAAUGUCAUAAAAUCUACUACCUUGAAGAUUCUAGAAGGUGGGUCGAGGAAUGCUCCAGGACUGCGUAUCUGUGAAUCAAAAGCAAAAGAUGUGCUUGCCCCUGAAACUCCGGAGAGGAGCCCCAAAUCACUCUUGACCUCGGAAGAUGACAGCCUGGUGAGAGGCCACGAAGAUCCCUCUGGUAAUGAAGAUUUAGAUGAGUCCACCAUUCACUCCAUCGCCGUAGAACCUGAGAGGGAGCGGCGAAUUCAACAGCAGCCCACUCAGAGAACUGACCGGAGUGCAAUGGUUCUGUAUGUUCAGAGUGGUCCUGUGUCCCAAGAUGCCACAUUGACCAGUCACACAAAAGAGGCCUCUCCAAAGAAGCGCAAGGUCCUGGCCCGCUCCCUGUCGGAUUACACAGGUCCCCCUCAGCUCCAGGCCCCCAGACACAAGGAUGUAGCCCCAAACCAGGAGCUGGAGCUGCGGAGUUCCAGGGCAGAAGGGCCUGGUGCAGAAGCCAGCAUGCUGGACACCAGAGUCUCCGUUGCCCAGCUCCGAAAUGUGUUUCUGGAGUCAGCCAGAGCCAGCAAGAAACCUGAACUCCAAUCCCGAGUUGAGAGAUCAGCUGAAGGAAUUGGCUUGCCCACGGAACGGGAGAGAGGGUCUCGGAAACCAAGACGCUAUCUUUCUCCUGGUGAAAGCAGAAAAACUUCUGAGCGAUUUAGAACUCAACCUAUAACUUCAGCAGAGCGAAAGGAGUCGGAUAGGUACCCUUCGGGUUCAGAGGUGCCAAUGGUUGAGGAUGAAGAAAAGGUAGAUGAACGGGCCAAGCUGAGUGUCGCUGCCAAGAGACUGCUUUUCAGGGAAAUGGAGAAAUCAUUUGAUGAACACAACGUCCCAAAGAGACGGUCAAGAAAUGCUGCUGUGGAGCAAAGGCUGCGUCGCCUACAGGACCGCUCUCACACCCAGCCCAUCACCACGGAGGAAGUGGUCAUCGCAGCCACGUUACAGGCUCACCAAAAGGCUUUAGCCAGGGGCCAGGCAAAUGAGGGCAGAGAGUCUGCUGAACCAGGCGAACCUGAUUCCUCCACUCUGAGCUUAGCAGAGAAGUUGGCCUUGUUUAACAAAUUGUCCCAGCCAGUCUCCAAAACCAUUUCCACCAGAAAGAGAAUAGAUGUACGGCAGAGAAGGAUGAACGCAAGGUAUCAGACUCAGCCGGUCACACUUGGAGAAGUGGAGCAGGUGCAGAGUGGGAAGCUCAUCUCUUUCUCCCCCACUGUGAACACAUCUGUUUCUACCAUGACCUCUGCAGUUGCUCCCACAUACGCAGGGGACCUUCGGACGAAGCCAUCUGUUGACGAUGGUACGAGUACCACUGACUAUAAGUUUCCUUCUCCCGUGGAAAAUUCAGACUCUCCAGUUAGAAGCAUUCUGAAACCACAAGCCUGGCGGCCUUUGGCAGAGCCCAGUGGGAGCAAAGGAAUUCUGGGGGAGUCUGGAGAGACGGAAAGCAAGAGCGCUCUGACUGAAGUAGACAGUGGCGUUCAAUCAUACAGAGCCUUCGAGGAGGAAGCUGAGCCCUCCUACCCUAUCCUUGGCAGAGCCAGAGAAGGCGAUGGCCAGAAGGAGCCUAAACAUGCCAUUCUAAGGAGGGGAAGCUUAGAGCUAGGUAAUCCUUCUGUCUCCCACCUUGGUGAUGAGGUGAAGGAAUUUUCCACUGCUAAAAGUGGUUUGCAAGAGAAUCUGGACCUGAAGGAUAAGCAGACCUCGGAGGAGGACGUAGAUGUGGAGAACGGCAUGAGAAAGUUCUCACUCAAAGCAGCAGAGUUUGAAGAACCUGCUUCUGAGCAGACAGAGCCAGCCGCUGGGAAAGCAUCUAUGCAGACAGCAACCCCAGUGUCCUGGAAGCAGCAGGAUUCCUCUGAGCAGCUAGCAGAGAAGCUCUUCAAGAACCCCUGUGCCAUGUUUGCUGAGGGAGAGGUCAAAGUGCCCGUGGGGGAGACUUUCCUGGAUUCACCCAGCAAAACCAUGUCAAUCAAAGAAAGGCUGGCACUGUUGAAGAAGAGUGGCGAGGAAGACUGGAAGAACAGAUUGAUGCGGAAGCAGGAGUAUGGCAAAGCCACCAGCGGCCUGCACAUCCAGGAGAUGGAGCAGUCCCUGAGGAAGCGGGUCACAGAAAGUCGAGAGAGCCAGAUGACGAUUGAGGAGAGGAAACACCUCAUCACUGUACGAGAGGAAGCGUGGAAGACGAAGGGCAGAGGUGCUGCCAACGACUCCACCCAGUUCACCGUGGCAGGAAGAAUGGUGAAGAAAGGUCUGGCAUCACCCACAGCCAUAACUCCAGUCUCAUCCCCUCUUUGCAGUAAAUCAAGGGGCACCACCCCAGUUUCCAAACCCCUGGAAGAUAUUGAAGCCAGACCAGACAUGCAGCUGGAAUCGGACCUGAAGCUAGACAGGCUGGAGACCUUCCUAAGGAGGCUGAACAACAAAGUUGCUGGGAUGCAGGAGACGGUUCUCACGGUCACUGGGAAAUCUGUCAAGGAGGUGAUGAAGUUGGAUGAUGAUGAGACCUUUGCCAAAUUCUACCGAAGCAUGGAUCACAACAUACCUAGGAGUCCCGUGGAGCUGGAAGAGGACUUUGAUGUCAUUUUCGACCCUUAUGCUCCCAAAUUGACAUCUUCUGUGGCAGAGCAUAAGCGCUCAGUUAGGCCCAAGCGCCGGGUCCAGGCUUCCAAGAACCCUCUCAAAUUGCUGGCAGCAAGAGAUGAUCUCCUUCAGGAAUACACAGAGCAGAGGCUAAACGUUGCCUUCAUGGAGUCCAAACGGAUGAAAGUGGAAAAGAUGGCAUCCAAUUCCAACUUCUCAGAAGUGACUCUGGCAGGCCUAGCCAGUAGGGAGAACUUCAGCAGCGUCAGCCUUCGGAGUGUCAACCUGAUGGAGCAGAACUCCAACAACAGCGCCGUGCCCUACAAGAAGCUCAUGUUGUUGCAGAUUAAAGGUAGAAGACACGUUCAGACAAGGCUGGUGGAGCCUCGAGCCUCGUCACUCAACAGUGGGGACUGCUUCCUCCUGCUCUCUCCCCAGUACUGCUUCCUGUGGGUAGGAGAGUUCUCAAAUGUCAUCGAGAAGGCCAAGGCAUCUGAGCUUGCAACAUUAAUUCAGACAAAGAGGGAGCUUGGUUGUAGAGCUACAUAUAUCCAGACAAUUGAGGAAGGAAUUAACACUCAUACUCACGCAGCCAAAGACUUCUGGAAGCUCCUGGGUGGCCAGACCAGUUACCAGUCUGCCGGGGACCCAAAGGAAGAUGAACUAUAUGAGACAGCCAUCAUAGAAACAAACUGUGUCUACCGCCUGACAGAUGACAAACUGGUCCCUGAUGAUGACUACUGGGGGAAGAUUCCGAAGUGCUCCCUUCUGCAGUCCAAAGAGGUCCUGGUGUUUGACUUUGGAAGUGAAGUUUAUGUGUGGCAUGGGAAGGAAGUCACGUUAGCACAACGGAAAAUAGCAUUCCAGCUGGCUAAGCACCUAUGGAACGGAACCUUUGACUACGAGAAUUGUGACAUCAACCCACUGGACCCUGGAGAGUGCAACCCGCUCAUUCCCAGGAAAGGGCAAGGACGACCCGACUGGGCCAUAUUUGGGAGAGUUACGGAGCACAACGAGACUAUUCUGUUCAAAGAGAAAUUCCUCGACUGGACAGAACUGAAGAGACCUACUGAGAAGAAUUCUGGGGAAGCUGUCCAGCAGAAGGAUUAUUCUAGGGCUGACAUCAAACCCUAUGAUGUGACACGGAUGGUGGCAACGCCCCAGAUGACAGCCAGCACCAUCCUAGAUGGGGUGAACGUUGGCCGUGGCUAUGGCCUGGUGGAAGGAGAUGACAGGAGACAGAUUGAGAUUGCCACUGUCUCUGUAGAUGUGUGGCAUAUUCUGGAAUUCGAUUACAGCCGGCUCCCCAGGCAGAGCAUCGGGCAGUUCCAUGAGGGGGAUGCCUAUGUGGUCAAGUGGAAGUACAUGGCAAGCACAGCAGUGGGAAGCCGACAAAAGGGAGAACACCCAGUGAGAGUGGCUGGCAAAGAGAAAUGUGUCUAUUUCUUCUGGCAAGGCCGGCACUCAACUGUGAGUGAGAAGGGAACAUCGGCUCUGAUGACGGUGGAGCUGGAUGAAGAAAGGGGGGCCCAGGUCCAGGUUCUGCAGGGAAAGGAGCCCCCCUGUUUUCUUCAGUGUUUCCAGGGAGGUAUGGUGGUGCACUCUGGACGAAGGGAAGAGGAAGAGGAAAAUGUGCAAAGUGAAUGGAGACUGUAUUGUGUGCGAGGAGAGGUGCCCAUGGAAGGGAAUUUGCUGGAGGUGGCCUGUCACUGCAGCAGCCUGAGGUCCAGGACUUCCAUGGUUGUUCUGAACAUAAACAAGGCCCUCAUUUACCUGUGGCAUGGAUGCAAAGCUCAGGGCCACACAAAGGAGGUUGGAAGGACUGCUGCAAAUAAAAUCAAGGAACAGUGUCCCCUAGAAGCAGGAUUGCACAGCAGCAGCAACGUGACAAUACAUGAGUGUGACGAAGGAUCCGAACCUCUGGGAUUCUGGGAUGCUCUGGGGAGGAGGGACAGGAAGGCCUAUGACUGCAUGCUUCAAGAUCCUGGGAGUUUUAACUUCGCGCCCCGCCUGUUCAUCCUCAGCAGCUCCUCGGGAGACUUCUCGGCCACUGAGUUCGUGUACCCCGCGCGAGCGCCCUCUGCCGUCAGCUCCAUGCCUUUCCUGCAAGAGGAUCUGUACAGCGCGCCGCAGCCAGCACUCUUCCUUGUUGACAAUCACCACGAGGUGUACCUCUGGCAAGGCUGGUGGCCCACUGAGAACAAGAUAACUGGCUCUGCCCGCAUUCGCUGGGCCUCAGACCGAAAGAGCGCCAUGGAGACAGUCCUGCAGUAUUGCCGAGGGAAGAAUCUCAAAAGGCCACCCCCCAAGUCUUAUCUUAUUCAUGCUGGGUUAGAGCCCUUGACAUUCACCAACAUGUUUCCCAGCUGGGAGCACAGAGAGGACAUUGCUGAGAUCACAGAAAUGGAUACUGAAGUUUCCAACCAGAUCACCCUAGUUGAAGAUGUCCUAGCCAAGCUCUGUAAAACCAUCUAUCCACUGGCAGAUCUGCUUGCCAGGCCACUCCCAGAGGGAGUAGACCCUCUAAAACUUGAGAUUUAUCUCACAGAUGAAGACUUCGAGUUUGCACUCGACAUGACCAGAGAUGAAUUCAACGCACUGCCCACCUGGAAGCAAGUGAACCUGAAGAAAGCAAAGGGCCUGUUCUGAGGUCAAAAUGACAGGCGCCACCAAGAAGAGGUCACUUGCGAUGUCGCUAGACCAGAAAAUGGAUAUUUUGUUUUUUGGACUGGUAUUUUUUCUGUCGAAGAAGAAAGUAUUUUCGAAUCAGAGUUUUUCCAAACAUGACCUUAUUAACUCUGUGGCUUGUCCAGGAGUUGAGAAUUUUGUAAAUGUGUAGGAGAACUCUUGGGAUCGUUCUUUUCCGUGGUUCAGGUAAACUGAGAAACACAUCUCUUCCGUUCACUCAGCCGAGUGCUGCCUCAGUGGCCACUGCAACCCUGCCCUCCUGUUCUAGCUCGGCAUUACCUUUUUUAAAGCAAUUCUCUUUAUAAAGUGUUAUUUUGAUAGUUUGUGGAUUCUAAAUAUAUAUAUAUAUAUUUAUAUAAACACCAUAUAAAUCAAAUAUGUAUUUAACAAAGCAAUAUGCAUUCAUUCACUUUCAAGUUUUUUUCCUUUGGUGUCAAAACAUUAUUACAAGGUAGACAGAGUCGCUUCUGUUGAGUUCGGCCUGCCACCAGUCUGUCGCCUGGUGUGUCAUCCAUCCCAUCCCCCACCCCAAUCACCAUUUCCCUCUCCCCCAUGCUCAGGAGUGCCUCCUUCAGCCUUAGGUCUGGCUUGUGCGGAGUUCUGCUUCCGGUGCUAAAGCGAACAAAGACUUACUUCCCAGUGUGGAAUCUGAAGAAAUCUAUGUGAAUCAACCUUUCUACCUUAAUAUCUCCCCCAGAAAUGUAUAGUGCCUUGUUUUAUGUACAGUUUAUAUACAGAAAAGUUUGCUCUGCUUU